UUCUAUAAGAAUGGCCCGUUUGAAUGGAACAUCAAAAAGACCUAUUGAGGAUAUAGAAAUGCGGCUUUGCAUAUAGUCACAAUUGGUUAUAUGAUUGAAAAUCAUUAGAUUCAAUUUGAAUUUCUUUACAUCAUGACUUGAGCAUCGGUUUCAUGAAAGUUAUUUUGAAGUUUAGAUUUAUAGAAGUAAAUAUGUGGAAUAAAAACUGACUUUUGGUGAAGGUGAAAUUUUCACUACAUUUUAAAUUGACUCUUUACAAAUUGCGGAAGUGUUGCUUUGUGUUCGCUCAAAUGGCAUUUUGCAGAUCAGUUUAUGUAAACUAAGUUAAAUAUUAAAAUUAAUGCAAGCUUAUGAAGGAUUUAACCUUGAAGAGAUGAAGUUUAAAUAAAUAGUGUACCUUAUUUCGGGUAAUUAUGUCGGAGGAUGACAGAAGAAGUCGGACAGACAUCAGUUUGCGUCAAGACAACAAUAUGGCCGGUGUUUCCCGCGCUCAGAUGGUUUCCAGUGACGGUCCAAGAUAUUCCGGAAACAGACGACCGUCAAUGCAGACUGAGAAUAUUUUCGUAACGGAAACUAGUCAAGCACGUUUAGAUGCUGCGAAUGCGCGGUUAGAGCUUCAACCGGAAAUGGCACAUGGUCCAACUCGCGUAGAAUAUGGAGCUGUUAGAAGCCAGCCCCAGAGAAGUGAUCAUUAUGACAGACGACAUUCUAACACAAGAAGCAGCAGACAUCUUCACCAUGACGAUAUGCCAAACGGGUCCACUCGAUUGUCGGAAAUGAGACAUGAACCGGUUCAUACCAGAAAUCCCCAAGUUAGAUCGAUUUACCAUGAGAACAAUGACCAUUCACUUGACCAAACCAGACGGACGCGCUUUAGAAGUGUCACAUCCGCCAAUUCAAGAGUUACGGAUUAUGAUGAGAAGGCUGACUGUUACGUGGUGCCGGCACUUCCCAUGCCCGUGGCCAUUUUCUGCUGUAUUCUCAACUUUAUCAUCCCUGGGUUCGGCUCAAUGUGCGCGUCUUUGUGUGUGUUCUGCUGCGCGCGCACAGACGAUAUGACGUGCGGGGACAAGUUUGGCUCGUGCUGCACGAUGUUUGGUAUCGGCAUGCUCCAGUUACUGCUGGUCGCGUGUUUUCUCGUGGGGUGGAUCUGGAGCUGCAUUUGGGGCAUCACCUUCAUUGGCAUGUCGGCGGAGUACUACAACCGCCCACGUGACGAUUAUCCAGACGACCCCCAGUCCGAGUCGACCAACAAUCCCGUGUACCGGCGAGGGGCCGUCGCCCGCCUACCGACCCCACAAGUUGUCGUCGACCAGCCCUAUCCAGGAAUUAGUUACGAAGAAAUAGACAGGCAAAGACGUCGUCGGCAGGCUGGGACGAACCGUCGGGCAAGGUCACGUAUCUCUCUGACCCCGUCAAACUUCAUAUAUCCUAUGAGAGCCCCUUCUAACAUCGCGUACAACUCCCCGCCCCCUCCUUACCGUGAAAAUCCUACACCGCAUAACUCAUCUGCGCAUGCGCCGGUUGCUAAUGGCAACGCAGGCAGUCAUCACAGACACCAUCGCUCUGACAGAAGUGGUUCACAACUCGUUCCUGGUGAAGUCAUUCCCGAGGAGAGGAUGCGGUGACGUCCUCGUUGUACAGUGAUAAAGAGACAGUCCACGAGAAAAUAUGCGAAGAAAUGGCAAACCGUGAGAUACAAAAGAUGUCAUCCUUCAUCAUUUACAACUGGACGUUGAAAAACAAUUAUAUAUUGAUGGCCUCACUUCCAAAUGUCGAAGCUACAAAAUCCCAUGUUUUUCAGUAGCAACGUUUUUAGUAUUAAAUCUUGGUUAUUUAUUCACAUUGUUUUUCUUACAAAAUGCCGAAGUUACAAUUUUUGUAUUUCCAAUUUCUGAAGGUUCAGCAUUUUUUUUGCUCUGUGAGAUAACCAAUCAUUGCUCGACAUUUUGAUCACAUGAUGCAACGCCAUUUUCUCAUUGGACUAUUUACUCUGCAUUUUGCAGUUAAAUGCGUCUCACCUAAAUGAUUUUAGCGAUGUAAAAAUUCCGAAACAGAAAUAAAUUACUUAUUUUUGAAGUGAGGCCAUCGAUAUCUGGUCAAUUGUUUGGGUAGUGAUGUGUUACAAAAAACGCAUACAGUGAAAUUUCAGUAUGACGUAACAUAUGACGUCAUAAAAUUGAAUUCAACUGGUCAAAGGAGAGCGGCCCUAAUUAUCCUCAUGUACUGUAUGUUAAUUCGCAAAUUGUAUUCUGCUAUCCGCUUUUAUCAAAUGCUCGAACAAUCUCUUUGCUUCUUUACAGUUACAACUGAGUCAUAAAUUGAGCUGUAAAAACUGCAAUGUCUAAUCACAUACAGAUCAUCUGAAGAUCACGAUGUUCGAUCGAUAUCGUAGUGUUUUAUUCAUAUUUUUAUUACUCAUUUAAAUUUCUCACAAUUAACUUCUCAUAAUUAUCAUCUCAAAUGCCCAUAUCAACUAAUAUCGGUCAUGCGUUAACAGUGACAAACGGUUUUUCACACCUUAUCAAAUUGCCUUUCAACUGUUAUUGCAAUUUUUACAACUUGCGAAAAUUUUAACACUUGACAAUUGUUUGUUUAUUUUGGAACACGCGUUUGGGAAAAAGUGUGAAAUUAUGACCUCGAGGGAGCCAUAUGAUUUUGUGCACGAUUUGUGUACUUUGUGGACCGAGGAUAUUGCUCGACUGCUCGACAUAAUUAGGUUUCGAGGCAGCGUGGGUAUAUUUUAUAUGAAAAUAGAAGGAAAAAGGUUCGGGACCAAGCUCCGACCUCGAGGGAACGCCGGUUCUCGAGCAACCGCUUGUUCGAGGGAACGCAGUUUCACUGUAUUAUGCAUUUAUAUGUUUAAAGUGACUCGCUCAUGUUUUUUUUUACCAAAAUUAGUUUUCCCGGUAAUGCAUCUGAAAACACUUAUUUUAACAAAAGUGGUGGAUAUGUUGACCUCUUAAGGAAAACAUCACGUGAUAAUGUCAUUCAACCAAUCACGCAACACAACAGCCGUAAUUAAUUUUAAAUCGCGUUAUAAAACGCUAAUGAAAAUUUUGGUCUUCAGAGACGAUAUUUUAGCAAAUAUUAACAUUUGCUGAAGGGUUCCAGCUUUUGGUAUUUUCGUUUUAUCUCUCCUUGAUUUGCCACACUUUAUUUCGUAAUUAGAAAGUGCAUUUUACCAAUCAUGAGUGAGUCACUUUAAAAGUUAUGUUCACUUAUACUUAUAAAGUACAUAUAUGUUGUUUUAUGUUAUAAGCUAGAGUGUGUUUAUGCUAUUAUUUUUUUAUGUUGAUCAUAAUUCCUGGUGAAUUAAAGUGUUGACAGUU